AGCCAUGAGACACACCUGGUUCCCCUUGCAGUACAUGCCCAAGCCCUUCUGGAGAGCAGAGAACCACAACACGAGCAGCUUCUUCUCUGCACUGUACGGCUUCCCUAACCAGUCCUUCUUCCACAGUGACUUGAACCUGGAGGACCUGGGGGACUUUGAUAGCGGAGCCAAGUACGAGGGCGAGUCCCAGAGCCGGACAGUGAAGGCGCUGCUGAUUGUCGCCUACUCCGUGAUCAUCUGCAUCUCACUCUUCGGCAACAUCCUUGUGUGCCACGUGGUCAUCAAGAACAAGAGGAUGCACUCAGCCACCAACCUGUUCAUUGUCAAUCUGGCCAUUGCUGACGUGAUGAUCACCACCCUGAACACCCCCUUCACACUGGUGAGGUUUGUGAGCAGCACCUGGGUUUUUGGAAAGCUGAUGUGUCACAUCAGCCGGUUUGUUCAGUACUGCUCUGUCCACGUGUCUGUGCUGACCCUUGCUGCCAUUGCACUGGACCGGCACCAGGUGAUCAUGCACCCCCUCAAGCCACGCAUGUCCAUGGUGAAAGGAGGGAUUUGCAUCAUCAUCAUCUGGGUUAUGGCCAGCUGCUUCUCACUGCCUCACGCCAUUUAUCAGACUCUGACAAGGUUUUAUAUUGGAAACAAAACCAUCCGAAUGGUCUGCCUUCCCAGCUUCCCUCCUCCUGCUGAUCUUUUCUGGAAGUAUUUGGACCUGACUACAUUUGUUCUCUUGUAUGUUCUGCCUUUGCUUGUGAUCUCCAUCACAUACACCAUAGUGGCCAAAAAGCUCUGGCUGAGGAAUGCCAUUGGGGACCUCACCAUGGAGCAAUACUAUGCCCAUCAGCGGAAGAAGAAGAUGACGCUGAAGAUGCUGAUGGUGGUGGUGGUUGUGUUUGCCGUGUGCUGGUUUCCCCUGAACUGCUACGUGGUGCUGAUCUCCUGCAGGGCCAUCCACAGCAGCAACGCUCUGUACUUUGCUUUUCACUGGUUCGCCAUGAGCAGCACCUGCUACAACCCCUUCAUCUACUGCUGGCUGAACGAGAGCUUCCGCACGGAGCUGCGCUCCCUGCUGUGCGUGUGCCGGCGCAGGAGCACGGCUCAGGGCCACGCCCUGCAGCCCAUCUCCCCGCUCUUCCGGCAUGCCAAGGCUGAGAACUGCCGCUAUGAGAGAAGCAGCACAUGCCACAAGGCACAGACAGCCUCCCAGAGGAACUUUGCAAGGACAGACAUAUCGAGUGUGCAGCCGAUUGUGGCAGAAAGCUGAGCCUUCAUCUGACAGCUGGGCGGC